CAGAACAGCUGCCAGCCAAGCUCGAGAAGCUCAAGGCGUCGGCGACGAAAGAGUACUCGCUGAAAAACUACAAUGCCGCUGCCGAAUACUACAGUGAGGCGGCAGAGGUGCAAGAUCAGAUCAAUGGCGAGAUGUCUACGGAGAACGCUGAUUUGCUCUACCAAUAUGGUCGAUGCUUAUACAAGGUCGCAGUCGCCAGCUCUGAUGUACUAGGCGGCAAGGUCGCUGGCCCUUCUGAGCCAAAGAGAAAGAAACGCAAGGUCGCAAAGGCCGAGAGCAGUGCGAACGGCGAAGGAAGCAGCUCCCUGAUAAGCGACGCGAUCAAGAGCUCCGAUCAGAAGUUGGCAGAGAACGUCGUGGAGGCUGUAGUAGAGCAGAAGGGCGACAUUAAAGAAGAGAAGCCUGCAGAACCGAGCAAUCCAUUCUUCCAGAUCACAGGCGACGACAAUUUUACCGACUCCGAGGACGAAGACGGAGGAGACGGCGAGGCAGAGGAAGAGGACGACGACUUCGCGACCGCCUAUGAGAUCCUGGAUAUGGCUCGCAUUUUGCUGUCGCGGAAGAUUGACGAGCUGCAGAGUGCAGGAAAGGGCAAAUCGAAAGAGGAGAAUCCAGAAGUGCGGCAAGUAAAAGAACGACUGGCAGAUACACACGAUCUGCAAGCAGAGAUCAGCUUGGAGAAUGAGCGUUUCCAGGACGCCAUCAAGGACACCCGAGAUGCCCUAGCACUGAAGCUGGAGCUUUACCCGACUGAAGACCCUCUGGUCACUGAAGCACACUACAAACUCUCGCUUGCCUUGGAGUUCGCAUCAGUCACAUCAACACAAGAGGAUGCACAGGGGCAAUCGACAGUCGCCCAAGUCGACGAGGAGAUGCGAAAAGAUGCUGCGAAGGAAAUGGAGCUUGCUAUUACUAGUUGUCGAGCGAAGCUUACGAAAGAAGAGUCCAAGCUCUCAACUUCAUCGGGUGCAGAAGCAGAGCAGGUCAAGAAGGAAGUCACGAACGCCAAGGAGAUCAUAGCAGAGAUGGAGCAGCGGCUUAAGGAUCUUCAAGCUCCGGCAGCCAGCCUCUCGGCUUUGCAAAAUCUUGGUCCAACAGGUGCUCCAGGCUCCGAGGAAGAUGCCAUGCGCGGCAUCCUUGGUUCGCUACUCGGCGAGAGCAAGGCAGAUCAAGCAAAACGCAUCGAACAGGCUACUGCUCAGGCGAAUGAUCUGACAGGCAUGGUCAAGAAGAAGAAGCCAAAGCCGGCGGACUCUGUGGUCGAGGGAAAUGGUAAGAGGAAGGCCGAAGAUGAACCCGCCAGCGAUGGCGCCAGCACGAAUGGGACUGGAAAGAAGGUCAAAAUCUCUUCUAUGAAACCUGAGGUCAUUGGUGAAGAUGGUGGAAAGGAGCAGUAAGAGUCGCGUUUCUGGCCAAUGUUGUUGAUAGCAGUUCAUUUGGCUAGUACAGGAUACCGGGGCGAUGGCAUAUGCUCGCUUACCACGAAAGUUGUAUUUAUGAUACCCAUGCAUUGCAGAUAAUUCCAUGCUUUGUUUAACAGC